ACACUCAACAUUUAUAUUUUAAAUCUAAACUCUCUUCUUUUUCUUGUCCACAAUCAAUCCAAUCCUCCCUCUCCCUCUCUCUUCUCUCUCUCUCUAAAAAUCAUUUCUAUUUUCAGUUCUCACGUAAUUUCCAACUUAAAUCUCUUACACCAACUCUACAUCAAUCUCUCUCCUUUUCAGUUUGGGAGCAUCGCACCACUGCAUUUGUAGUGUUUUAUUAGUAUGCAUGCUUGAGACAUGGUUGUGAAGAAAAGGCAAGAAUAUGGGUUUUAUGGGUACCAGAUCCCAGUCAUACCUAGAGCUCCGAGAUCUCUAAGGAGGAGUAGUUUGAGAAAGAAAUUACAGGAUGACGGCCAACUUUGUGCAUUUGAAUUGUUGGCAGCUGUAGCUGGCAAGUUGUUACAGGAAAGCGAAAGUUCUGCUUCUAGUAAUAUAGCAGAAGGGAAAGUGCAGCUUGGAAUCAACAAGGAUAGUAUAAAAAAAGAACAAGUAGAGGAAAGAGUUGCAAGAUCAGCGUGUCUUGAUCAGGAAAGCUGUGUAGAAAGUGUGAUUUUCCCUGAAUCUGCCGCUCCACAGCGCAAUACUAAAUCUUCACUAAAGGAACUUCCGCAUAUCCAGACCAAUUCAUAUUUCGAGCAUGCAUCUGUUGUAACACAUUCUGAUAUUUUGAACAAAGUUGGCGGUGAUGUGAAGUAUGAUAAAUAUACAAGUAACAGUGCAGCUGGAAGUUUCCCUAGUAAACCAGAAGAGAUCUUUAACGGUGAUGGGAAAUUAUGUAAUGAAGCUCAAAGAAAGUCUGCGGUUGUAGAGAAGCAGAAUGAACAUUUGUAUAUGGCUAACUUCAGCGGUUCAAAGGAUCCAAGGGACUAUCAUGUGCAUAGUAGUCGUAAGCUGAAUAAUGCAGAGGGUAGCAUAAAGUUCUCUUUGUGCGCGGAUCGUGUUCCUGGUGUUUCUUUUCCCAGGCACAUGAAUAAUGUAAAAAUAGUUGAUAGAGAUGAUGAUGAAAAUUACUUUAGGAGUAAUAACCUGAAUAGCAAGAUAAAGCCCUCAAGGCAACAAUCAUACAACAAAUAUCGAAGAAUGAAGAAGAUGACAUCCAGAUAUUGGAGAACAGCACCAAAAUGGAAUGAUUGCGAAUUCAUAAACACUGGUAGGGGAAACAGGCCUAUCUAUCACAAAAGAAAAUCCAUUCAUUCAGGUGGGGGAUAUCAGCGUGAAUUGCAUUCUAAAAGGAGACGUUUGUAUGACCAUAGACAGUUGUGUCACUAUAGAUCAGCAUAUAUAUUUGACCAGCAGGCAAGUAGUGAUAGUAUUUCAAAUUCCGCUAAGAAAACCACAAAGGGAGACAAGAGCAGGACACCUGCUUUGCAUAAAGCAAUUGGACCCUCGUCUUCAGAGAUAGGUGAUAAAGCAUCAUUCCAGUCCAAGGAUCCUCGCGUCAAGUUUAGCAUUAAAUCCUUCAAAGUACCAGAGCUUUAUAUUGAGGUGCCAGAAACUGCAACUGUAGGUUCACUAAAGAUUACUGUUAUGGAGGCUGUCACUGCUAUACUUGAAGGUGGUUUACAUGUUGGAGUAGUUCUUCAAGGAAAAAGAGUUAGAGAUGACAACAGAACCCUUCAGCAGAUUGGUAUCUCUCACAAUGAGGACCUUGACACUCUUGGUUUUACGUUGGAGCCUGAUUUUAUAAAAGCUACUUCUCCUAUAUCUUGCAAAGAUCCUGAACUUCUGCUACCAUGUGACGAACAUCAAGAAUUAUCCAGAUCCUCAGUUCCUGUUUUGGAUUCAGUAUUCUUCAACUCCUCAAUUGACCAGGUUCCUGUCAGUAAUCUGGAAAAGAAUGUAGUAGGUAAUCAGGAAAUAGUUCCAUAUGUUCCUGAUGUACCUAUGGAGAUAUCCGCGCCCAAAGCCCUAGUUCCUAUUCCUCCAGUCAAUGCAAAUACACUUGCUAUUGUUCCAGUGAACCAGAAAGCUAAGCGACCAGAUCCUUCCCAACGCAGAACAAGGAGACCUUUCUCUGUUUCAGAAGUAGAAGCACUGGUUGAAGCAGUUGAGAAACUAGGCACCGGAAGGUGGCGUGACGUGAAAAUGCGUUCCUUUGAUGAUAUGAAUCAUCGAACUUAUGUGGACUUGAAGGAUAAAUGGAAGACAUUAGUUCAUACAGCAAGUAUAGCGCCCCAGCAGCGUCGGGGAGAGCCUGUCCCCCAAGAGCUUUUGGACAGGGUCUUAGCAGCUCAUGCUUACUGGUCUCAGCAUCAAUCCAAGCAACAUGGUAAGCAUCAGAUGGACCCUCCUAAAUUAGCUGGAGAGGUUGGAUUCUAAAAUGCUGGAUGUCUAACUGUACAUAACUUGUGAUCUAGGAAAGUAAAUAGACAGGAAACUGUGAAAAUUCCAGUUAAUUGCCUUGUAAUAUUUAACACUCAGUUGUGAUUCAUUCCCAGGCCCUCCCUGAUUCGGAGAGGUUGGUUCUUGUAAAUGAAUUGAUUGAAUAAACAGCAUUUCCUACAAAGUCUCAUUGUAUGUAAGGAGAUGCUGAUUCUGUAUUUACGCCUAGUUUAUAAUUGGAACUUAGUUUCUUUUCUUA